AUGGCAGACGAAGACAAAGCAAAAGCCGAGAAGCUUGCUGCGGCGAAGAAACGUGUGGAAGAGAUGAAGAAGAAAAGCAAGAAGAAGACAACCACAAAAAAAGAAGAUAAACCUGAGUCUGCGCCCGCAGAAUCCUCCAAAGCCGAAGACGCACCUGCUGCCCCAGAGCCAGCAACUCAAGAUGAGGAAGCGAAGCCUACAGAGGAUGGAGAGGCCAAAGAUGACGCUGCAGAAAAGGUCACGGAGCUGAACAGCUCAUCUCAUCAACGAAAACAGUCACUGUCCGUCCAAUCGAAGAUGCGCUCCUCGUCGUUUCGUUUAGGUUCCGCGCCCGGUCCCACGUCACCCAAUUUUGGAUUCUCUCCUGAAGGAGACACGGCGCCGGAUAUAUACCGUAAGCAAGCAACUAAGAUCGAUGAACUGGAGAAGGAGAACAAGAGGCUGGCCAAGGAGGCUAUCGAUGGAGAGAAAAGAUGGAAGAAAGCGGAGGAGGAGCUCGAGGAUUUGCGGGAGGCAGAAGAUGAUUCUACUCCAAAGAAGGAAAGUGCUUUAAAUUCCGGAUCGUCACAGGAGGUAGAGAAACUGAAAACGGAAAUCGCAGCCCUCCACCGCCAGAAUACACAACUGCAAGCACAAUCUUCAAGAGUGUCGCGGCAUGGCUCUUCCCCAUCUGUAUCUCAAAAUGCACCAGCAGACCACCAAGCUGCCCUAGCAGCUAAAUCCUCAACCAUCGAAUCUAUGGAGAUCGAAAUCUCCAACCUCCGUGCCCAUCUCGACAAGGUUAACUCUGGCGCCUCAGUCAAAGAGCAGAUUUCCGCUUUAGAAGAAAAGUUGUCAAGGAGUGAACGCUCUGCGGUCGUAGCGCAGCGGGAGUUGGGUGAUUUGAAGAAGAAUCUGGAUCGUACGACCGAGAAGGCUGUCAAGGAAGGAAGCGAGCGCAUUUCAGCAGAGACCAAAUUAAGAACUUUGGAACGAGAGGCAGGGGAAGCGAAGGCUCAUAGUGACGAACUGCAGAAGAAAGUCGAUGCAUUGGAGAAGAAAGUCGCAACUCUCGCAACUCUACAUAAAGAACACGAUGCUCGGUUCCAAGCCCAAAAGAAAGAACGGGAAAGGGCAGAGAAAGAUGCUUCGGAACUACGAACCCGGAUAGCUGGAACCGAAAAUGAGAAUCUCCGCUUGAAAGAGGAGCGGGAGAGAUCACGUAAGCGUGAUGCUCAGGGAAUUGAUGAUGAGGGUGUUGACGAGCUCGAGAACGAAGAGCGCCAGCGAUUGGAGAAAAAAGUCCGCGACUUGGAGAGUGAGGUUCAUGAACUUCGUCGAGGGGUCUGGCGUGACAGGAGGAAAGAAUUAGAAGGGGAAGAAGGAGCCGGUAUUACGAGUCCCGGCGCUAGAUUUACUGAUGUUGAUCUAGGGGGAAGUCUGUCUCCUAGUAGGAGAAGAAGCAUAUCUCAUGGAGGGAAAGGAUUUGGCGAUUUCCUUUCGAGUGGUUUCAACGCAAUCACAGGAGGUACUUCGGGGGCUGACGAUGCUCUACUAGAAGAUGACGGAGACCUCGACUUUGAUGAGGACGCUUUUAGACUUGCGCAGGAGGAGGAGGCUAAGAAGCGUAUUGAGCGAGUCAAGGAAGUGAAAAGGGGGUUGAAAAACUGGGAAGGUUGGCGAUUGGAUCUGGUGGAAAACAGACGUGGUGGUGGGGAAGGAGUGGGGGAGAUAUUUGAAAUUUAA